AUGAAAAUCAAUCCAGUUAACAUUGAGACAAUACGAAAUAAUCAUCAUCGAAUAUCAUCAACUUCAUUUGUAGACAGACCCAAUAUUUCAUUGCCUGUUCGGCCAUCCGUUGUAACUGUCAGCACAAUCCCUCGUCAAGUACGUAAUUCAUCAUUAAAAACUCAACAUGAUCAUUCAUUGACAAAAGAUAAUCGCUCUCGGAAUGUUAUUGACAGAGUCAUUCGAUCACCAACAAAACUUAUUGCUGUAGUGCCUCUUGCUUUGAUCACAAUAUCUAAAACGACAAUAAUAACAUCAACAAUAACACCAAGAACAACAACUAUAACUACAGCAACUACAACGACAUCCACAUCAGCAACAACAACUCCAUGGAAUAAAUUUCCUGCACAAAUGACUUAUUCUACUGGUCUUAGUUCUGGUCCAUAUUCUGUGGCGACCGGCGAUGUUAAUGGAGACAACAAAACUGAUAUUAUUGUAGCAAACUACGGUACAGACAACGUUGGUGUUCUCAUCAAUACAGGCAAUGGCACGUUUGUUACUCAAGUGACCUAUUCAACUGGUUUCAGCUUUCAUCCAUUUUCUGUGACGACAGCCGAUGUUAAUGGAGAUAGUAAAAUCGAUAUUAUUGCAGCAAACAAUGGUGCAGACAACGUCGGUGUUCUCCUGAAUACAGGCACUGGCACAUUUUCUGGUCAGGUGACGUAUGCGACCGGUUCUAGCUCUUAUCCAUGUUCUGUGGCAGCAGCCGAUGUCAACGGAGAUACUCAUCUCGACAUUAUUGUUCUGAAUUACUUUUCACAUAAUGUUGGUGUUUUCUUCAAUACGGGUACUGGCACGUUUGGUGCUCAAAUGACGUAUUCAACUGGUUCUAAUUCUUACCCAUAUUCUGUGGCAGUAGUUGAUGUCAAUGGUGACAGCAAAAUCGAUAUUAUUGUGGCAAACAGCAAUGCAGCCAACAUUGGGGUUCUUCUCAACACAGGCAUUGGCACAUUUGUUGCACAGGUGAGCUAUACAACGGGUACUAGUUCUUAUCCGUAUUCUGUGGCAGUAGCUGAUGUCAAUGGUGAUAGCAAAGUCGAUAUUAUUGUGGCAAAUGCCAAUGCAGACAAUGUUGGUGUUCUUCUCAAUACAGGUACUGGCACAUUUGCCGCUCAGAUGAGCUAUACAACUGGUGCUAGUUCUUCUCCAUAUUAUGUGGUAACAACCGAUGUCAAUGGAGACACCUAUCUCGAUAUUAUUGUCGCGAAUAAAGAUUCAGACAAGUUCGGUGUUUUCCUCAAUACAGGCAAUGGCACAUUUAUUGGUCAAGUGACCUAUUCAACUGGUUCCGCUUCUCAAGCGUAUUUCGUGGCAGCAGCCGAUCUCAAUGGAGAUACGAGAGUCGAUAUUAUUGUGGCAAACAGAAAUGCAAACAACGUCGGUGUUUUCUUAGCUGCUUGCAAUUGA